CAAAACACCGACAUUUCACCCACAAACACACGCUCCUCUGCCGGGGCUCACUGACACCGUGAGGCGGCGGGUUCCAACUCGGAUCCGGUCUGAUCCGCUGCGGACCGGGACCCGCGGUCCGCCUUUAAUCCGGUUUUAUUGACCAGGUUUUUCUGGUCCUUCCUCCUGCAUCAGUCUCCCACCGCGGAGGACCAGAUGCAGGAGCAGACAUGUCGCAGGCUGGAUCCGUGAUGCUGCUCCGCCGCCGGUCCUGCUCCUCUCCGGUGCAGCUGUAUAGCUAUGGUUUAUGCCCAGUCAUCAAAAACAGUUGGAGUCAACCCCUCCCUUUACUCUCCGUCCUUCACAUAUCAGAUGUCAUUUAACUACUCUGAGAGGGAAAACUCGACUGUCCUGGCAACUUUACCCACAACUCCCCUGAGCAGCCUCGAGGGCCCGUCCCCUGGCCAGCCCAACAGGACCUCCACCUCGUAUGAGCUGACUUCAGGCGAGGUUGCCGUCCUGGGCUUGGUGUUUGGGGUUCUCUGGCUGGUCUCCAUCUUGGGAAAUGCCCUCGUCUGCCUGGUCAUCCACCGGAGCCGACGGACUCAGUCCACCACCAACUACUUUGUGGUGUCUAUGGCCUGUGCCGACCUGCUCAUGAGCCUGGGCUGCGCCCCGUUUGUCCUCCUGCAGGUCGCCUCAGGACGAUGGCCGCUGAGCGCUGCUGCCUGUAAAGCUGUACGCUACCUGCAGCACCUGUGUCCUGGUGUGCAGGUUUACGUCCUGCUUUCCAUCUCUGUAGACCGCUUCUACACCAUCGUCUACCCGCUCAGCUUCAAGGUGUCCAGGGAGAAAGCGAAGAAGAUGAUCUUGGCCUCAUGGCUGUUUGAUGCAGCCUUCGUUUCACCCUGCUUCUUCUUCUAUGGAUCCACGUCUACAGUCGGCAGUCAUUGUGACUUUUUCCUCCCGGACAGCUGGGGCAGUAUAGCCUAUGCCGCCGUUCACCUGCUAUUAGGUUUUCUUGUCCCGGUGGCAUUGGUUGUGUCGUUCUACCAGCGGGUGGUCCGUCACAUCUGGAGGAUCAGCGCAGAUGGCCACACGGUGCGUCGGACAAUGAACAUCGUCCCACGGACUAAAGUCAAGACCAUCAAGAUGUUCCUCAUGCUAAACUCAGUUUUCUUCCUCACCUGGACACCCUUCUACGUCGCCCAGCUGUGGCACCCGAGGGAGUCCGAUGAACCCAGCAGGCAGGGGCUGCUCUUCUUCACGGCCAUCGCCUGGAUCUCCUUCAGCUCCACGGCGUCCAAACCGACCCUGUACUCGGUCUACAAUGCAAACUUCAGGAGGGGCAUGAGGGAGACCUUCUGCAUGUCGUCCAUGAAAUGCUACCGCAGCAACGCGUACACCAUUACAGCGAGCUCUCGGGUGGCCAAAAAGAACUACGUCGGGGUGGUUGACAUCCCAGUGCAAGCAAAGACGGUCGCUAAGGACUCGGUUUACGAUACGUUUGACCGAGAGGCGAAGGAGAAGAAGGUUGCCUGGCUCACAAACUCCAAUCCACCAAACACUUUUGUGUAGAUUGGGUGAUUUUGAAACUGUGAUCAUACAAAAAUGAUCCAGUGUGAAACUUUAUACAGCAACAGCACGUCAGUAUUGGCAGGUGAGCUAGCUGAAGGCUAAUGUGCUAGCUCUGUAUACAACUAAAAGCUCACAGAAACAGAAUGUAUUUAGUUUGUAUAAAGGGCUUUUUUCUGAUGUAACACACCUGGCAGCCAUAUUGGAGGUUCUCAACAGCUGUGAACAGCCAGCCAAUUUUAUACUUCAGAUUUGAACCAUUCUUUAUUUCUGUGCUGUGUUUUGAUGGAUCGUGUUGCCAUUGAUGCAUCAGAUUUUGUGUUUUGAUAAUAUUAGCUUGUUAGCUAGCUAACCAUAGUCUGUGGCCCUCUAUCAGUGACCUGUUGUGUCGGAUUUGCUGCAGUAAUGCAUGUGGUAGAAGCUAACAUUAGUAGCCGUUUGUUAACAAUGACGUCAUCUGCUUUGCUACAUUAAGAAAAAUGGUAAGUUGGCUAGCUAACAAAGCGCUAAAAGGGCAGUUUGUUCAGGUUAUAAUUGUGUGGACUUAUCUCAAAGUAAAACAACAGGUUACAGAGCUGCAAAGUGGGAGGAGGACCAGGAGUUCACUUCAUAAACUCUCCUUGGUUGAAUCACUCAUACAUGAACAUUUAAAUUUGAAAGUAUCUGGUUCUUUAAUAAAAAGUCAGAACUACGAGGCUGUUGACAUGAAUGUGAAAGAGAAACUGUGUCAUCUAAAACGUCUAAUGUUGGUAAGAAUCAUCCUGUUAAAAAGCCAGUAUGGUACAGUUUGGUUGGGAAAGAGCUCAGUAAAUAAAAAGGCAAAUUACUUGGACAUGAACUCUGGUGUCCUGUAUAACGUCUGGGCUAAAAGCAAAGUUAAAAUAAAUAGAAUUAACAUAAAGCUAUAGCAUGGUUCAGUUCUCCAGGAGAGUCCUGUGUUUCUACUUUGACCAGAGGAGAUCAUUUAAAGAAAUGGGAAUUUUAAGUGAGGGAAAAUACUUAUGGAACCAGUGGCUUCUCCCACUUUGUAAAUUUAGGUGAAUCAAGUUGAAGUCCUGCCCUGCUUCAGGACCAGCUCCUCAACUGGUCCUGAAGCAAAAUUUAUUCUCAAAUUCUUGGUCACAAAGACUUAUUUUCUAUUUUUUUAAUUUGUCCAUCAGCUUGGUUCCAAAGAGACUUAGUGGAACAUUUUCUAUCUAAUCAACAAUUAAGAAUUUUGUUUUUCUAGGAAACUGAUGGAAACUGAUGGAAACUGAUGGAAACUGAUGGAAACUGAUGGAAACUGAUGGAAACUGACGUCUGGUUAUGAACUCUUUGUCACUUCCUUAAUACAUCAUUUACUAGAUUUUUCUUGAAACAUUGUAGUUUACAUCCAAACACCAGCUGAUUUUCACGAAAUUACAAGGAAAGUUUCCAGGAAAUUAACCUAAAAAUACUGGACCAAUAAAAUUAAACUUACUACUCAGAGUAGUGACAGAAAACUCACCUGUAAUCAAUCAAGAGCUGUUCCAGAAGUGUGGCAGGACUUUUUACAGAUGACACCUCACUGUGAGAGUAAACUCUGAUGUUUCACUUCACCACAACAGACCUGGUUUCUGUUUUCUUCAUACUCACCAGAUCAGCAGCUGAAUCUGGACACAGGGAGAUGUUAAUGUGGAGAUCAGGUUGAAGGAUUUCUCGGGUGGUGCAGUCGGUAGACGACUCUUGUUUUACAUCCGGAGGUGAGACGAGACAAUGGGAAAAGACCAAGGGGGAAGUCGUGAAAUAUUUGUCACACAAGGUUAUAUUCACUUGUAUGUGAUUUACUCUCCCCGAGAAAUAAAACCUGUAAAGACUCUGGUGCUGUAUAUCGCUAACAUCUGCACUGAGCUCCAUUAACUUUCUGUCAUAGUCGACAUGCGCAAUAACGUUAUCAUGCUAAUGUCACUUUUCACCUGAAAGUGCUGCUAAUGCCAGAUGUGAAUGGACCUCAGUGUAAAGCUCAAGGCUGAAAUGUCCUAAAACAGCCACCGUACAUAAACUGUUUGACUUAGGUAACAACAUUUUCCAAUUUACAUCUUCAUCCCACUAACGAUGAAGAGCUAACAAUAGAAACAUUAUCAGUUUUCCAUCCUUCUAUUGGUUUUCUAUUCUAGUGAACAUACAGCCCAGUGUGGCUACACUAUUAAUUCAUUCAUUCAUCUGCAACUACUUUCAUAAUUAAUUAAAUAUUUUGGGCAUUUUCUGACAAAAACAUGUUGAAAAUCUUGUGUUUUGGUGACAUUACCUUGGUCUUCACAGCCAAAGGAUUAAUCGAUUAAUCAAGUAAGUAAUCAAUAGAUUAAUCGAUAAUAAAAAAUAAUAAGUUGCAGCUUUAAUCUUGAUCCAGGUAAAGUCUGUAUUCUUUUUCAGACUUAAAGUUUAAGUGUCCAGAAGCUGCUGCAGCACCAGAGAGUGUUCAGGUGGAUGCAGAGUCACCUGUCCUGAAACGAUCCUCACCUGUCUCAGUUCUGAUGCUUUUACCUGCUUGUAAAAAUAAAAACAAACACACACACUGACAUUUUGUGAUGAAACACGUGUGAAACUUUCUGUAACCUGUCAAAUAUACUGUGAUUUAAAGGUCCAUGCUUUAUACUUCAAUUCUGUUUACUUUUACACACACACACACACACAGAGACACACACACACACACACACAGACACACACACACAGAGACACACACAGAGACACACACACACACAGAGAGACAGACGCAGACGCACACACACACACACACACACACACACACAUACACACACACACAGAGACACACACACACACACACACACACGGUUGUAAUGUUUUGAAGUUUGUCUAGACAAUGUGUUCCUGUAUUUACAAAUAAAUUAUUCUUUUAUCAUUUUAAAUAUA